GGGGUCCGAGUCCAUGAUGCGGAAAAGGACUCAAGCUCCAGGUUGAGCUCUCUGCGGGAAGCAGCAAGGGUUUCAGCUAAGGGUAUCGGAAGAUUUUACUUAAAGAUGGCGAACGGUUCUCAUUCAGUUGUCCAUCGUCAAUCAGCAGACUUUUCAGUUCAAGUUUUCACACCGCCAUCAUGACUACCUACCUGAAGCCAGACGACGUUUCCAAAACACCAGACAACGGAACCGAGACCAUCGAAGAGGCUCGUGCCAUGCAAGGCAACAUUGAAGAUGAUCCUGAGUUCAGUCUCAAGGAGCAGCGCGCCAUCAUUCAUCGCAUCGACAGGCGUCUCGUUGUCAUGCUUGGGGCCAUCUACUGCGUGAGCCUCAUCGACCGGACGAACCUUUCCAAUGCAGCAAUCGCUGGCAUGAGGGUCGAUCUGGAACUGAGCAUUGGCUUCCGCUAUUCCAUCACGACCCUGGUCUUCUUCAUCACCUACAGCAUCUUUCAGCCUCCCGCCACCAUCCUUACCAGAAAGACUGGCCCCAAGCACUUCCUCUCUGGUCUUUGCUUUGCGUGGGGCGUGGUUAUGAUCGGUUUCGGCUUCAUAAACCACUGGUACUCCCUUGUUGCACUGCGCCUCGUACUGGGACUCUUCGAGGCCGGAUUCUUCCCCGGCUGCGUCUACCUCAUCUCAACGUGGUACUCUCGUUACGACACGCAGAAGCGCUACGCCGUCUUCUAUCUCAUGGGCACCAUCGCUUCUGGUCUCGGUGGCGUGCUCGCCUACGGGCUUCAGCAAAUGGAGGGCCUUGCCGACAUUCGCGGCUGGCGAUGGAUCUUCAUCAUCGAGGGCAUCAUCACCUGCAUACUCGGUAUUGCGGGAUGGAUUUUCAUCGUCGACUUUCCGGACAAAGCCUUGAACAAGAAGCACUGGCGCUUCCUAAGCCGGAAUGAGAUUGCAUUCAUUCUGCGCCGCAUCAACACCGACCGUAAUGAUGCCGCAGGCGAGCCGUGGAAUCUCAGGGCUUGGGCCUCUUCCGGGCUGGACCUGAAGAUCUGGGGAUUUGCCCUGUGUCUCUUCUGCUGCACCACCAUCACCUCUUCGCUCUCUUUCUUUCUGCCCAUUAUUCUAAGGGAGAACAUGGACAUGUCGGUAGAAAAGUCCCAGUACCUCUCGACGCCUCCUUACUUUGCUGCCGCCGCCUUUAUGUUUGCGGUCGCCUGGGUUGGGGAAAAGUACCGCAUCCGCGGUCCACUUCUUUUCAUCAACUCAGCCCUUGGCCUCGUUGGCCUACCACUUCUCGGCUUUGCUCAGAACACAGGUGUAUGCUACUUCAGCACUUUCCUCAUCUGCAUCAGCGGACCCGGUGGCAUCUCAACGUGCAUGGCCUACCAGGCGAACAACAUCCGCGGACACUGGAAGCGCGCCUUCUGUUCCGCCACUCUCAUCGGCUUCGGCGGCAUCGGUGGUAUCACCCGGUCCCUCGUCUUCCGCCGCCAAGACUCGCCACAGUACCGCCCGGGAGUCUACGCCUGCAUGUCGUGCAGUCUGCUCGUGAUCCUCAUUGUGGCAAUCAAUGCGGUAUACUUUCGGAGGUGCAACAAAAAGGCGGACAAGGGCGAGAUGGUUAUUGAGGGCGAUCCGAACUUUCGCUACACAAUUUAGGGUAGGGAGUCACUCAGUCAAGUAGGUAAUAGUUGCGCUCAAGAAAGACACCUAAAUACAAACAGCUCCCCAC